AUGAAGUGGUUCCACAUCAUCUGCAUCUUGGUCCUUCUGGUCGGCCUGGUCGCCGCCUUCGAGCAGCCCGAAGACACCGACGCCCUCGAGGUCUCCAACACCGCUGUCGGAGCUGUAGGUUGAUUUAGACACUUGACGAUUUGACUUGAGCAAAAAUAAGGGGGUUUUAGAAGUCUUGGGACCUUGUAGUGCCUAUCGUGCUUUAUUUUUGCGCAUAAACGCGUUUUAAAAUUUUCUGCAGCACUUUAAUGGUAAAUUAAUUAACGCUCAGUAAUUUUGUAGUCUCCUGGGCCUUACAGGCGACCAUUAAGUUUGAUUUUGACUCCAGAAACAGCAGUUAUAUUAACCAUGAUGACUAAUUUUUUUCUUUCAAAAAAAUCAUCAAACCCAAUAUCCUAACUAAUCUUAAUGGACGCUAUCUAAGAGCAAAUGCGAUAGAAUAGCUUUUUUUAAGGGUUUUUUACUAUGAAAUUAUACUAGCUUUCAAUUAUGGCAUUAAUUUUCUAUUACCCAUGAGGAUUAGCCGAAAAAUUUGAACCCGCAGUUCUAAAAUCAAAAGGCACUGCAAAACUAUUAUUCAUUUGCUGUUCACUCUCUAAUCUCUCCAUUUCCAGGCCAACGCCGUCCAUGAGCGUGUAGCCCGUGCCGCCGCCGCCCGCCGUGGUCGCCGUGGACGUCGCGGACGCCGCGGACGUCGUGGACGCAGAGGACGCAAGCAACGCAGAGGACGCAAACAACGCAGAGGACGCAAACACCGCGGUUAA